AGCGGUCUGUCACAGCAACACCGGAGGACGAGCCAGUUAAAGCCGCCGUGCGUGUGGACACUAUAGUGUGUGGUUUUUUUUUUGUUGUUGUAUGUAGGCAGCGUGACGUGGAUGCACGUUUUCGUCAGCUGUCGACCGGGAGUGCGUAUUGCUGCACUGUAAUGCGCUGACAGAAGGAGGAGAGUACAGCAGAAGGGAAGAGAACACGCCACUCCGAGGAGUAGCGCGACUCCGUCCAGGCCUCUUGCUAUUUCCGCAGGGAUCCGCCUCUGUUCCAGGCGCGGGUCGACGAGGCGAUGUGGCUGGUCCCCGAAGAGGUCCUGCUGGCCAACGCGCUGUGGGUGAGCGAGAGAGCGAACCCCUACUUCAUUCUGCAGCGCAGGAAGGGGCACGGGAAAGGAGGCGGGAUAGCGGGUCUUCUAGUGGGGACCCUUGAUGUUGUUCUUGAUUCUAGCGCACGAGUCGCUCCCUACAGAAUUUUACAUCAAGUCCAAGAUUCCCAAGUUUAUUGGAACAUUGCCUGUGGCUCAUCUCGUAAGGAGAUCACGGAGCACUGGGAAUGGAUAGAAGCCAAUCUGCUGCAAACUUUGUCCAUCUUUGAUAACGAAGAAGACAUCACUACUUUUGUCAAAGGAAAGAUCCAGGGAAUAAUUGCUGAGGAAAACAAAAAUAAAAAAGCUGCAGAAAAUGAGGAUUCCACCAAAUUUCGAGAAGCUGAACUGAAAAUGAGGAAAUUAUUUGGAAUGCCAGAUGAAGAGAAGCUUGUUAAUUACUAUUCUUGUAGCUACUGGAAGGGUCGGGUGCCAAGGCAGGGCUGGGUCUAUCUAAGCGUCAACCACCUCUGCUUCUACUCCUUCCUGUUGGGAAAAGAAGUCACGCUGGUUAUCCAGUGGACAGACAUCACUCAGCUUGAUAAGAAUGCCACACUGCUCUUUCCAGAAAGCAUUCGUGUAAGCACACGGGUCACGGAGCACUACUUUUCCAUGUUCCUCAACAUUAAUGAGACGUUCAAGCUUAUGGAACAACUUGCUAACAUUGCCAUGCGCCAGCUUCUUGAUAAUGAGGCUUUUUCAGCUGAUCAUUCACUGCCUAAACCCCGGAAAUCCCUCAAGAAUGUCUCUGCAUUAAAAAGGGACCUGGAUGCUCGAGCGAAAAAUGAGAGGUACAGGGCCAUGUUCCGUCUGCCACAGGAUGAAAAGCUAGAUGGACACACCAACUGCACUCUGUGGACGCCCUUCAACAAGAUGCAUAUUGUUGGACAGAUGUAUGUGUCUACCAACUAUAUCUGUUUUGCAAGCAAAGAGGAGGAUCUAUGCCAGCUCAUUAUCCCACUCAGAGAGGUUUCCAUUGUCGAGAAAGCUGACAGUUCCAGUGUUCUACCAAGUCCCUUGUCCAUCAGCACCAAGAACAAAAUGACCUUUCUAUUUGCCAAUCUCCGGGACCGAAACUUUUUGGUACAGAGGAUCUCUGAUUUCCUGCAACGGACUCCAGACAGAAUACAGAGCGAAGACAGGGAGCAACAGAGUCUGUCUUGUAUCCCAUCAACCUCCUUGACAAGUGAGCCAGCACAGUAUUACAGCAUUAAUCUGCCAACUGCUACCCAGAGCCUGCUGAGCAUUUACAAAGCAAAUGCCCCUGAGGAGGAGGGCCCCAAAGCAGCUAAAGAAAAGAUGAAAGAAGAAUCGUGGAACAUCCAUUUCUUUGAGUAUGGCAGAGGAGUCUGCAUGUAUCGUACUUCCAAAACCCGGGAACUAGUGCUGAAGGGAAUUCCUGAGAGCCUCCGUGGUGAACUUUGGUUACUAUUUUCCGGAGCCUUGAAUGAGAUGGCAACCUACCCAGGGUACUAUGCUGAUUUAGUAGAGCAGUCUAUGGGCCGCUGCACCUUAGCCACAGAGGAGAUAGAACGAGAUCUUCACCGCUCCAUGCCAGAGCACCACGCUUUCCAGAAUGAGAUGGGUAUUGCUGCUUUACGUCGUGUUCUCACAGCCUAUGCCUAUCGCAAUCCAAAUAUUGGAUAUUGCCAGGCAAUGAACAUUGUAACUUCUGUGCUACUGCUAUACUGCAAUGAAGAACAGGCGUUUUGGUUACUGGUGGCUCUCUGUGAGAGGAUGCUGCCAGAUUAUUACAACACUAGAGUUGUAGGUGCUCUAGUAGACCAAGGUGUUUUUGAAGACCUGACUCAAGAGUUCCUUCCCCUUCUCCAUGAGCACAUGCAGGAACUGGGUGUUAUUUCUACCAUAUCCUUGUCUUGGUUUCUCACGCUGUUUCUCAGUGUUAUGCCAUUUGAAAGCGCAGUGGUUGUGGUUGACUGUUUCUUCUAUGAGGGCAUCAAAAUGAUCUUUCAGGUGUCUUUGGCAGUGCUUCAUUCCAACAUGGAGUCACUGUUAAAUUGCAAUGAUGAAGGUGAAGCCAUGACCAUCUUGGGAAGGUAUCUGGACAAUAUAGUUAACAAGCACACUGUUUCACCACCCAUCCCUCAUCUUCAUGCAUUAUUGACCAGUGGAGAUGAACCUCCUCCUGAAAUCGACAUAUUUGAGCUGAUAAAAGCAUCUUAUGAGAAGUUUGGUACUCUGAGGGCAGAUGUAAUCGAGCAGAUGAGGUUUAAGCAAAGACUUAAGGUGAUCCAGUCACUUGAGGACUCCGCUAAAAGGAGUGUGGUUCGUGCAAUCAUGACAGACACGGCAUUCAGCAUUGAAGAGUUAGAGGAACUGUAUGUUCUCUUCAAGGCGAAACACAUUAUGAGUUUUUACUGGGGAGCAGCAGGCGUGAAUGUAGCAGAGCGGCACGAUCCUAGCCUUCCUUACCUGGAGCAGUACCGUAUCGAUGUGAUGCAAUUUACUCAGUUGUUCUCCACACUUACCCCAUGGAGUUGUGGUCUACAUACCCCUACCCUGGCUGCACGUCUCUUCCGCUUACUUGACCAAAAUAAAGAUAGCCUUAUCAACUUUAAGGAGUUUAUCACAGGCCUCAGUGGAAUGUACCACGGUGAUUUUACAGAGAAGUUAAAAACGCUUUAUAAACUUCACUUGCCCCCUGCUUUGUGUUCUGAAGAAGCUGAAUCAGCACAGGAAGCUACUCAGUUCUUUACAGAUGACUCCAAUUCACAAGACUCUCCUUUCUUCUCUGACUUGGACUUCCUGAUGCAAGAGGGAGUCUCAGGAGUGAGCUUGCAAGGUGCUGAAGCUGGGAUGAGCACAGAGAAUGAUGAGGCCAAGAACAAAAAAGAAGAGAAACCUCAAGAUUACAAAUACUACUUGCGAAUGUGGGCAAAGGAAAAGGAGUCAAAGAAGGAAACCAUUAAAGACCUGCCCAGAAUGAACCAGGAACAGUUUAUUGAGCUCUGCAAGACCCUCUACAACAUGUUCAGUGAAGACCCAGCUGAACAGGAGCUCUACCACUCGAUCGCCACGGUCGCCAGCCUCCUGUUGAGAAUUGGAGAGGUCGGCAAGAAGUUCACCAACAAUUCUGUAAAGAAGCCCGAAGACAAGAGCGAAGUGAGCACUGGUGCCGUGCCAGAAUGCACAAAAUCUGUAAGUCCGCCACUCCCCGAAAGUGCAAGGGAGCAGCCUGUCAAAAGCCAAGAUUUGGGAGCAUUGGAGGAAAAAGAAGACGGAAAUCAAGUAACACCAACGGACGAGGAGGGCAAAGAUGACACCUCGGUGUCGUCGUACUCAGUGGUGAGCUCUGGCUCCCUGCAGUGCGAGGACCUAUCAGAUGACACGGUGCUGAUUGGCUGCAAGAACCAGCGAAGGGGCAGCAGUCUCGACACGGAUUGGUCCAUCACCUUUGAGCAAAUUCUGGCUUCCAUGUUGACUGAAGCUCCUUUAGUUGACUUCUUUGAAAAGCGAAGAGACAUACAUGCUAAAAUGGAAGAGUGUAAGAACCAAAGGACUGUGGAGAGGCAGGUCAGCUCUUCCAGUGAAUGUGAGUUACCAUUGCUUACUGGCUGAUGCUCCAUGGCUGACAUGUCUCCACCUCUAGAAUCCACUAGUUAGUAUUUCUGAAGACAGAGGAAGUAACUAUAGCUUCACUUUGCUUGAAAGCUGACUGCAAAAAUCAGGCCAUUGCUGUUGUGAUGCAGCCCCUUAACCUUUCUACAUUUGUUCAAAGCUUUUCUCUCCAGCCAUAGCCUGCCUGUAUGGAUGAUGAUGAUGGCCUAAUGUUUUUCACUCAUAAUAGCAGUUGGCAGAAACAAAGCGUAAAGUACAAAUAGUAUUAGCAGCUUACAGUUGCCGUGAGUGCAUUUUAUAAAUGUUAAAAGCAGACUGUGUUCACGGUUUGCAUGUCCCAAAUCCCAGAAUGCAUACUGUGCAAUAUUCUCUUUUUUCAUUUUGCCAAGCAGUUUAUUCCGUUAGAUUUUAUACACUCAAGUCAGUGAGUUAAUUACUGUGUGUUUGCUCCUGUUCUGUCUGAUCGACUUCGUAAGUACAUGUGAGCUCAUCCUCAUCUUCGCAGAAGCCUGGGUCAUUCUGCCUCUUUGCUUUUGAAUUUGUCUCACCAUAAUCCAGUCGGCUUUAACCUUGGAGGUUUGGGUUAUUUGGAAGUGGCUGCUCAGCGCUGUAAAAGACAACACUAAGAAACUAUCUCCAGGAAAUGGGUAGAAAGGUGACCACCUUGUGGCCACUAGCAUGAAAGAGGAGUAUAAAACGCUCUGGGUCAUGCCCUUUAAAUGAUAUUUAUGUCCACAGAAUAUUACAUACAAGUACAUUGUUCUAUUCUUUUACAUUUAGGAACACUAUGGAUUCAAGGAAAAUGGAGUAAUUCUGACGUGAUUCAGUUAUAAAAUAUGCCAGUCUGACUUGUAUCUUUUGAAAACGUUUAUCCUGCUUAUCCAGUGUUGUGCAGAAAUGAUGCUGGCUGUGACUGUACAAGAGAACUCUCUCUUGUGUUACAAAUGCGUGCUUCAUUUUUAGCUUUUUAAAAGAUCAGUGAAUUUGGCAUAAACGAUAUUAGUUACUAUGGCGUAAACAAAAUACACUUGCAUAAACUGGUACAAAACUGCAGGGAUAAUCACUUUUUAUUCCCUUUGCUGUUCGCAGUCUCCUUAAGUUAUAGCUACUUCGCCUAAUGGAUGAAUUAGUAGAACACUGCGGCACUCUGAAAGCCCAUCCACCGUCGCCUCUUAGUUCACAUUUGAUGCACACUGCGACAUUCCUACUCAAUGCUUGGAAAAAGCGAUACUCUAAAAAUGAAAGGCGUGUUAAGAGAGCUAUAAGAAAACGUGACGCCGCGCUCCAAGCUCCGCCCUCUGAGCAGAGAGUCCGACUGGCCGUUCAGGAUUCCCUCGCUUGCCUUUCAUUCGUUUGUCUUCAAAGUUGUAAUGGAAUUGGCCGGUUGCGAAAUGGGCGGGGUUUGUCAAGACAGUACGCGCCAGUGAAGUCAGCGCUGGGGCGGGACUAUAAGAAUGGGCGUGGCCGGAGAUCAAUCCUGAUUUGCACGCCUGACGUCCGACAGCACAGGCUGAGAUAGCAUUGAACAGAACAGAAUGGAAAGGCUGUAUACGCUCCAGUUUCAUCAUUUUAAUUCGAAAUGUGGUGCCUUUUUUCAGUAUCAAGAAAUUACAAUGUUAAAUUAUAUGAAUUAAUUAUGAAACUAUCCGUCGAAGAAUUUAUUUGCGUUUCAAAAUUACAGUAAUGCACGAUUUACCAAAAAAUUAGUUGCCUUUAAAUCGAAGUAAGAUGCUCGAGCUUGUUCGAUGCGUUUGGAUCGCCUUAAUGAAACCGUUUGCGCAAAUUUGAAAAGGGAGAUCGUCGAAUAGGGUUCUGAUUGACGCAAAUUGCAGCCCCUCAGUUGUUGACGGCGUGAUUGCUAUGAGCCGUCCAGCUAGCAGGACUUCGAGACCCGGAGGACACUUUAGCAAUGGGUGGGCGAGCGCCUGAUGAAUCCUAACCGAUACUGACGAGCAGGAGACUUGAUCCAAAUCUAAAAACGUCUGUUUACAUGUCGAGGGUUACAACGUUAACAGCGGUGCCUGCACAAGCAGACAGACUCAAAGGAAAUCAUUUCAUGUUUUAAUGUGUCCUUUUUUUUGUAGCAUUCAAACAUUUUAAUUCCGCUGAACUGUACUUUUUGUAUAUUUCUAACGUGUCAUUCUUAAAUUUAUUUAUAUGACCAAAUCACAGAUUCUCUCAAGGUUAUGUAAUUACGUACUGUAUUAUGACUGUGAUUUAAAUGUACUUAAUAAAGUUUUAAACACAGCAU